ACUGCCCUCCCCCUUCCCUAGCUUAUUGUUCCCUCUCUCUCAUACGCUGGCUGUUUCACUGAGAGAUCUCACUGCAUUCCGCACACCUGUUAGCUGUAACCACCUGACCAAGCACCAGAAAAAGAAUAGGAACAAGAGACAGGAUAUGGAUCUUUACACAAUUAUCAGUGCUGUUUUGCUUCUGCAACUGCAAGGUUUUCAUGUGGCCUUGCUCCAGGCACCAACAGACUCUCCAGGACAAACGAUUAAUCAAAGUUGGCUUCGUCAAUUGGCCAAAUCCAAGCUAAACAAGACAACAUCACAAGCUCAGUCCAAUGACAUUGUUGAUAUGACCCUGGAGGGUACUGAGUCAACAGAUGACUCUGAAGGGGUUAUUGCAAAUGGCUCUGUGUCAUUUAGUGGGGAACAGGACAACAUCGAGGACACAAAUGAGACUUCAGGUGGUGUGACAAUUGGCACCACAAUGCCACCAGGGUUGCCAAAUGCUACAGCAGAGGAACCUCCAGAAACCACUGUUGCACCAGAACCCCCAGUGAGUGUUGCCUUAAACUCAAGCCAAGUUUCCAAUGCAACCGGAGAGGACAGUGGAUUCCAAACUACCACCACUACUGCAAUCACAGAAAACUCAAAUGGCUCUAAUUCCAUGUCCAAUUACACUGAAUUAAAUGAGACAACCACAGCUCCAGACACCAAUAGCACAGAGCAGAUUGGUCCAGAUCCUGGUGUUGAGAACAGGGUAACCAACAGUACAGAGGACUUCCAUAAUGUAACGACUGCAGUACCAGAGCCAUCCAGUGAACCAUCCACAGCUUCCCCCUCCACAAAGCUUCCCUUGGACUCCCCUGGGACUACAACUGCCAAAAUCAUCCCAGAAACUACAACAACCACAGGUCCCAGCACAAUAACAGCCAUGAUGGAAACUGGUGCCGCUUCAGGAAGCAACUCUGUGAGAGGCUUGGCCUCAGAUGCAGUGCAGAACAAGAAGAGGAGUGAGGCAUGGGCUGCCAUCCUGGGCAUAGGAGUGGCAGUGUGCUUCGUGGCGAUGGUGGUUUACGUCAUCCUGAGAAGGAGAGACCGACGGGAUUUCACACACAGGAAGCUUGUUGAGGAAAUCCCCUCAGACCCAGUUCUACGACUGAACAACCCUGAGCCUGUGGACUUGAAAUAUGAUGGUUCCGCCUACUACAAUCGUGGACUCCAAAUGGAAAAUAUCCCAAUGGACCACUUUCCACAAGGACAUCAAAAUUGAGAAGGACUCCAAGACUAACCUUAAACACUUUAAAGGAGACUUUCAUAUACAAAAUACUUAUUGAGACACGACAUACACAUUAACGUGCAUAAGUCUCUAUAUAGCAGAAUGUCAAGUCAUGGAUUUACUGCACCCUAAUGCAUUGGUUAUGUGGGUUUGUACAUUUUUCUAAAUUCCAGGAAACUUUGAGAUUUUGGAACUGUAAUAGGAAUUUAUUAUUAUUUUGGAACAUUUGAAUAAUAUGUUUUUAUUUCUAAAAUUACAUUGGUUUGGAAGGAAAGUUUUUACAUUUGCUGGAAAUAUUCCCAUUCGUUGUUACGCCUAGGACGAAUACUACCUUUACAUAACUUAGACUUCCACAUAAUUAUCGCAUUGAUCUCAAUGGGAGAAAACGUCAUGCAUGGAUCUCAAUUUAGGAUUCUAGACACUUCAGCACAGUCUAUUAUAGAAGUACUAAAAGCCAAAAAUGAAGUCUUAAUUGUCUGCUAUAUUUCCAAGAUGGUUCGACAAAGGUAAUUAAACAUUUCUUAGACAUGAAGACCUACACUCAAAUAAGGUUAUAAUCAUGUCCAUAAUUAUUGGCACCCUUGAUAAAGAUGAGCAAAAAAGACUGUAUAAAAUAAAAAAUAUCAAAUACUGAGCUAUAUUGCAUAAAUCAAUGGGGAAAUUUGGUUAUUUUAUGCUAAUACAAUUGCUCAGAGAAAGAGAUUUUGUUUAAAAAGUAAUAAAAAUACAUCAAAAAAGAUAGCAGGGCAGCAGGUAGCCUAGCGGUUAAGAGUGUUGGACCAAUAACUGAAAGGUCGUUGGUUUGAAUCUCCAUGCUGACUAGGUAAAAAAAUGUGUUGAUCUGCCCUUGAGCAAGACCAUUAUAGCUCCUAAAAGUCACUCUGGAUAAAGUGUCUACUAAAUGACUAAAAUAUAGAGAGGGUUCAAAAUUAUUGGCACCCCUGUUUUCAAAACUCUAGCACCCUCCCCCUAUGAGUAUAAUGACACCCUUUUUCCCAGUGGUGUAAAGUACUUAAGUAAAAAAAUACUUGAAGUACUACUUAAGUAAUUUUGAGGGGUAUCUGUACUUUACUAUUUAUAUUUUUUGAAUACUUUUACUUUUACUUCACUAUAUUCCUAAAUAAAACAAUGUACUUUUUACUCCAUACAUUUUCCCUGACACCCAAAAGUACUCGUUACAUUUUGAAUGCUUAGCAGUACAGGAAAAUGGUCCGAUACACGCACUUAUCAAGAGGACAUCCCUGGUCAUACUGUCUGUGAUCUGACGUACUCACUAAACACAAAUGUUUGGUUUGUCAAUUAUGUUUGGAGUGUGCCCCUGGCUAUCCUUAAAUAAAAGACUAAAUUAAA